AUGUUCCGCUUCCACAAACCUCUCGACAUCGUCACCCUCUUCCACAAGACCUCCUCCCCGGCCUCGAUCCGCGUUGCCAACCUCCUGAAGCAGGCCUCUGCCGCCGCCGCCGAGACUGCUACCGAGGACCAGGCGUCCGACCACACGGCGCAGACAAAGGCCGCCCAGCGCCAGGAGUUUGAGCUGAACAUCACCGAGGACCCGCCCACGGCCGACCAGCUGCAGACCAUCCUCGAGUAUGUCGGACCGUCGCGCAUCGCGAGCGUGGUCAAGGGGGCAAACAGCCAGAAGGAGGCCUUGAGGAAAUUCAAGGAGAGCGCCGACAACUUCCAGAGGCCUGUGGUUGUCGACUGGAAUAAUGGAAAGGCGAAUGCCGGCGACAAUGAGUCGGAAAUUCUGAAGAUGCUCAACGACCUGAAGAAGUAG